UCAUUAUUAGAUACACAGCUGUGCUGCAAGUGGUUUGGUUCGUUUUUCCGUCGUUCGCUGCCUGGAAAACACAUUUGGAUUUUCCAAGGUGCACAACGGCAGCAGGUUGCCGUCGAAAAACUCGAAGGCAAAAUCAAACGAAAAGUGUUUCAAGACAACAGCAAAACCCUGUCAAUCAACGGAAAAAGUUCCAUUUGACUAUUUCCCAAUUAACGCUUCUGUGCGGAGGCACCGAAAAUCAGGUUCGGGGAUAGAUAGCGAAGUGAAGGCGCAGUUCUGCAGAGGCGCUAAAAACAGUAUAUUUCCGGUUUUCAACGAAAUCUGAACAAACGAUAGAGCCACUGGAUGGGUAAUAGUCUUAUUGCGUGUGGAAAACCCAGUCAUCGUCGCGAGAGGCGCUUCUUGGAGAGGCUGAGCAACACCUACGCUCAGGCACAUAGGAAAAUAGAGUUCAGGAUGAUGCCGCUGCUGGGGCUGUCACGAAACAAGGGUUCGACGGAUUCGCCGCCACUCUCGCCGGAGAAGAAGGAUCGCAGGGCAGUGAGGAAGAAAAAAGUUCCCAUCGAUAUGCUGCCCAACGAGAUGUGGCUGGAGGUCAUGUCCUAUCUGACCUACAACGAUCUCAAGCAGCUGCGGAUGGUGUCCUGGCACUGUCGCGACCUGGUCAACCGUCGCAAAUUCAUGCUACAGGGCAAGGUGAUUGUGACCAGGCACAAUCUGGCAGCAAUCAGGGAGCAUGUGGAGAACGCACCUUCGAAACUGAGCUUCGAGCGGAUCGAGCUGCGGAACCUAAAGCAGUCCCCGCAGCUGGACGGCUUCUUGAAGCUGGUGGGGCCGGAGGUUAGGCAUCUACAGGUGAGCCAUGCGCCCGUCUUUCGCAACAUAAACGGAAAGAUGCCCAACCUGAAGGUGUUGACAAUUGCCGCGACCACCGUGCUUGACGAUAAUCUUGGGAUCAACCUAAAGCAGUUCAUCAACCUGGAGGCCUUCGAGUGUGACGGCGUCAGUCUGGACUCGGCGCUGAAGCUGAGCAUGCUGCUCCAGCUGAGAAAGCCUACAAAUAAGGUGCGCUUGCGGCACCUGCAGUUCGAGUUCACCCACGACAACGAGGACGUCCUGGUAGCUGUGCUCCGGGACCAUGCUAAGACGCUGGAGUACAUAGACAUAUUCUUCAGCUGCUCCCCCAGCGUCGAGACGCUGCCGUGGUGUCUAGCAUUCGAGGCCAUGAGCAACCUCGGCGUCCUGAAGCUGUCAGGCAACUGUCACCUCCUCCUUCUGGACUCCAUUCUUAGGGCGAUGCCGCAAGAGGCUCCGUUGCGGCAACUGGACCUCACCGGCAUGCUCUCUCUGACCAACGAACUGCUCCUGUAUGUGGCCUCCAAAUGGGAGUUUACUCUCAAAUCCCUGGACCUCAUGUUCUGCGUGCAGCUCAACUCUGCCUGCAUCAAUGCCCUGCGCCAGCUGACCGGUCAGCUGAAGUGCUUGACCAUGGCUUACUGCCGAGAGCUCACCGGCGUGGCCCUUCUCAAGGGGAUUGCCUCCAAGCCCAACUAUGUAAUCCAGGAGCUGCAUCUCGAGGAGGUCUGCUUCAUCGACGAGGAGUCCCUGUGUGAGCUGCUCGUGCGACUCUAUAACCUGCGUCGGCUCAGCCUGGACAACUGUCGGCAGGCGGUGACCGACCGCACCAUGUCCCUCAUCUGCAAGUACCAGACGGGUCUGCGUCAACUCAACAUCGAAUACUGCAUCAAGAUCACGGACAAAGGCUUUUUGGGCUGCCCAGACUUUCCAUACCCCAUCAGCCGGCUCCGGGGACUACGUGAGCUGAACAUACGCGGCUGCAAGAACUUGACGGAUCGCGUCCUGAAGGAGGCGCUGGUUCUGCCAGAGCUACGCAUCCUCUCGCUGGGCUAUUGCUCGCUGUUCUACGCCGAGGGCUUCGAGGCGCUGACCCACAACGCUCCGGCCAUCGAGACGCUGUGUAUUGCCAGCUGCAUGAAAGUCGAAGAUGACACCGUGAGGCACAUUAUGCGCAAUCUUAAGCGCUUGCGGAGCAUCAACAUAAGCAACUGCAUGCGACUCACACUGCAGUCCAUUCACCAUAUACUCAGGCAUGGGCACAACAUGGUGGAGCUGAUUGCCUGCUCCAUCGACGGCAUGGACCAGGAGCAGGCCCAGCGGCUCAUCGAGAAGCAGCGCCCACAAAUGAAGCAGGUGCUCCUAUAGCAGGAGAGGUACAUUCACUGACAGGACGUCAGGGUUCUCCCCUACAACUGGGGGAGACAGGGCUAUUACGGCAGCGACGAGGACGAGGAUGUUGAGGUCAUUGAAGUCGUAGUUUAAGGACAGAAAAGAACGGAACAGAAGGCCCAGUGAAAUAUGAUGAAGCAAAGCGUCCAUCGUAUAUACGUCUAUAAUCUAUAAAGAUAAUAAUCCGCUAUCACUGCACAAUCGUGUAGAACCCCUUGAAGGUGAAAUCUUAAAGUUUUAAUCCCCAUUGAUCGCUACCUUCAGAUCAGCCACAACACAAGCCAAAUAUCGUAGCAACGUACACACAACGCGUACCUCCAACAUGAACCCAUCUAUCCCAACAUUGCAAUGUUCAAUAAUCACAAACAAGGAUCGACCUGGUCUGAUUUCCCUUUACUGACCAAACACUUUCGGAUUGUGCAAUACUAAAAACAGAUAUACACUGUUUGAACAAGAUUAAGAAGACUCAAAUGUAAUCAAUAACAAGAUUUUAUCUACUCACAAUAUAUGUACUCUUAUUGUAUAACCCAUUAUACUGGUGGAUCUACAUGUUUAUUCGAGUUGUAGCACAAUUACUAUAUAUACUCGUGCUUUUGUGUCUAUACUACGAACUAUAGUCAAUGUAGGAAGUGGAAAGAAGGUCCAAUCACUUGAGGAAUCGCUAUCAUCGUUGGAUUCCAAUUCAUUUGAGGGUUUCGAGCUUGAUAUACGAAAGAGGCUGGUAGAAUAAGAAUUCAAAGAUAUUUAGUCAAGCACAAAAUAACCGCAUACAUACAUACGUAUAUAGAUAUAUCAACCCUUGAUUUUAAAUGAAAUUUUUCGCGAACAA